AUUAUUAUUUUUUAAGGAUGCACGGAGGCUUUUGCAGAACCUCAGUCCACUUUUUCCCCCACAUUAUCGCGGUAACGUCCUGCAUCCGUCAUCACCUUGGCAACCAGCCGUGCUCUCAUCCGUGAGAGCGAGCUGAAGCUGCUCCGGUGUCACCGGGCUGCGGGCAGUGCUCCGGACCCCGGACUCCAGACCCUGGACCCCGGCUGAGUCUGCGGGAGUCGGGUUGAUGUGCGGGAGAAGAGUUCCCUCGCAGCAGCAUCAUGCCUGUCAGACGCGGUCAUGUUGCGCUCCAGAACACCUACCUGGACACCAUCAUCAGGAAAUUCGACGAGCAAAAUCGUAAAUUUCUGAUUGCCAACGCCCAAAUGAAAAACUGCGGCAUCAUUUACUGCAACGAAGGCUUCUGCCAGAUGUUUGGUUUCACCCGAGCCGAGAUCAUGCAGCAGCCGUGCACCUGCCAGUUCCUGGUGGGGCCCGGAACCAUGAAAAGUGCCCUGACCCAACUGGCACAGGCCCUGCUGGGUUCGGAAGAGCGUAAAGUGGAAAUCCUCUACUACUCCAAAGACGGGGCCUGCAGGCCGUGCCUUGUGAACAUCAUCCCGGUGAAAAACGAGGAAGGUGUGGUCAUCAUGUUCAUCCUGGAUUUCCAAGAGCUAAUCGAUCCUGUGCUCAAGAAGUCAGGCCUCCGGCAGAGAGUAGCCCAAGGAUGGAUUUACUGUCAGAACCGCCGGCUGAAGAUGAGGCUACCAGUGAGGCUGCCGGUGCUGCGAUCCAUCCGCCGACCUUCACUCUCCAAGGACCAGUUUGAAGGCGUGGUGGUGGAUUACCUUCAGCCAAACAGUGAGGAAGUUCCUCUAAAAGAGUUUCGAAUCCCGUCCAAGGAGAGCUGCAUGCAGUCUGAGACAGAAGCCCUGAUAGAACAGGACCUGGAUCCUCCGUCCCCUGCAGCCCAGCCCACUGCCAAGCGCCGUUCCCUAUUAACCGACUGCUUGGACCCCGGCAGGGCCUUCCCUCGGGGGGCGUUACCUCGAAGCUGUUCACGGGAAAGCAUGUGUAGCCUCCGCCGGGCUUCAUCGCUCGAUGACAUCGAUGGCAUGAGAGCGGAAUGGACCAGUCGAGCUGAUGACCCCCGAUCCAACAGCAAUUUGAAGCCGAACGCUGUGAACUCCACGUCAGACUCGGACCUGGUGAGACACAGGGCCAUUGGACGCAUCCCUCAGGUCACGCUAACGUUUGGGUCGGAUCGAGUCAGACCGCCUUCGCCUGCCGAGAUUGAAAUUAUCGCACCCAGCAAAGUCAAAGACCGAACGCAGAACGUCACUGAGAAAGUCACUCAGGUCACACAGGUGCUGUCUCUGGGUGCCGAUGUGCUGCCGGAGUACAAACUCCAGGCUCCACGUAUCCACAAGUGGACCAUCCUUCACUACAGCCCCUUCAAGGCAGUGUGGGAUUGGGUCAUCCUCCUGCUGGUCAUCUACACUGCUGUUUUCACCCCAUACUCCGCCGCCUUCCUGCUCAACGAGGUGGAGGAUGAGCGGAGGAGGACCUGCGGCUACACCUGCAACCCUCUGAACGUGGUGGACCUGGUGGUGGACAUCAUGUUCAUCGUGGACAUCCUGAUCAACUUCAGGACCACUUAUGUUAACCACAACGAUGAGGUGGUCAGUCACCCGGGACGCAUCGCCCAGCACUACUUCAAGGGCUGGUUCCUCAUCGACAUCGUUGCUGCCAUCCCCUUUGACCUGCUGAUAUACCGCUCGGGCUCCGACGAACCUCAGACGACCACCCUGAUUGGACUCCUGAAAACAGCUCGACUCCUGAGGUUGGUGCGAGUGGCGAGGAAGCUGGACCGUUACUCAGAAUACGGAGCCGCCGUCCUCUUUCUCCUCAUGUGCACCUUUGCCCUCAUUGCCCAUUGGCUGGCCUGUAUCUGGUACGCCAUUGGAAACAUGGAGCGCAACACCUUCACCCGCAUCGGAAGCCUGAAGAUCGGCUGGCUGGAUAAUCUGGCUGACCAGAUUGGUAAAGAGUAUAAUGACAGUGACCUGAGCUCAGGUCCCUCCAUCGAGGACAAGUACGUGACAGCUCUCUACUUCACCUUCAGCAGCCUGACCAGCGUGGGCUUUGGUAACGUCUCACCCAACACCAACCCCGAGAAGAUCUUCUCCAUCUGCGUCAUGCUCAUCGGCUCCCUCAUGUACGCCAGUAUCUUUGGGAACGUGUCGGCCAUCAUUCAGAGGCUGUACUCAGGCACGGCCCGUUACCACACUCAGAUGCUGCGGGUCAAAGAGUUCAUCCGUUUCCACCAGAUCCCAGGAGGACUGAGACAGAGGCUGGAGGAGUACUUCCAACACGCCUGGUCCUACACCAACGGCAUCGACAUGAACGCUGUGUUGAAGGGGUUUCCUGAGUGUCUGCAGGCUGAUAUCUGUCUCCAUCUGAACCGCAGCCUGCUGCAGAACUGCAAAGCAUUUCGAGGUGCCAACAAGGGCUGCCUGCGAGCGCUGGCCAUGCGAUUUAAAACCACCCACGCCCCGCCGGGGGACACCCUGGUCCACAGCGGGGACAUCCUCACAGCCCUGUACUUCCUCUCCAGAGGCUCCAUUGAGAUCCUUCGGGAUGACGUGGUGGUGGCCAUACUGGGGAAGAACGACAUCUUUGGGGAGCCCAUCAGUCUAUGUGUGCGUCCGGGCAAAUCCAGUGCCGAUGUCCGAGCGCUGACCUACUGUGACCUUCACAAGAUCCUGAGGGACGACUUGCUGGAAGUGCUCGACAUGUACCCCGACUUUGCUGAAGCUUUCUGGUGUAACCUGGAGAUCACCUUCAACCUGAGAGAUGCAGGUAGAAUAAACCAGCCAACCCCAAGCAGAGACUCUGAGUGUGGCUACCGCCGGACACGGCACCGGAGAAGCUCAGUGCACCGACGAAACCAACCAGACGGGAUGGACCAUGAGGACUCCUAUCCUGGCCAGUCUUGCCACAUUGGAAACCACAGGAGCCCGAUGGCGGGAACCCACUGGGAAGACCUCUGCAGCAGCGGCAGCAUCUGCUCACAGUCCAGUGAUGAGGAGAUGAAGCCCACAGGACAUAGAAAAGGAGAGCUCUACCCUCCUGGUAGAGGUGGUCGAGAUUAUGCCCCAGGGGUGGUCAACCUCCUGCCUCACAGCGGACCACCUGUAGACCUCGGAGGUCCACCUUACUCUGCAGCAGCUCCCAUCAGCAUGUCAGGUCUGUACGGUUACUGGCAAGACCACAGAGCCAGCCAGUUCUCAGAGAGCCACAGACUUCCGUCUUUGGUCCGGGGCAGCUUCCACCGUCCCUGUGCUGAGGACCGUCCCAGAGAGCUGGAGUCCAGACUGGAGCUGCUGCAGUCCCAGCUGAACCGGCUGGAGAGCAGAAUGACAGCAGACAUCACCGUCAUCCUGCAGCUCCUGCAGAGGCAGAUGGCCCCGGUGCCUCCGGCUUACAGCGCCAUCUCCUCCAGCUCUCACCCGCCUCACCCUUCCACCCUGUACAGCACACCCACAAUCCACACUGUCCCACCAGUCCAACCAGUACAGAUCAACACCCCCGCCUCAGUGCUACAGAACUCUGACUCCGAAUUCAAGCACAGGUCUAAGUCCCUGUCCAGUGGGAUCCACCUGACUAUGGCCUCUGAUGACACCAUGUCCACGUCCCCUGAAGAGGAGUCCAAUCACCUGACUUCUGUGGGUCUCACGUCCCCUCAGCCGCCGUCUUCACAGGUUCAAGAGCCUCCGGGACCACUGUGUGGCACCCAGCGUUUCCCCUCACUGCCCGAGCACCUUGAAACGUCCACAGGGGAGCAGGAGAUCCAAAGGCACGUCUCGGACCCAGUGUUGCCGGGCACCUAGAACAUCACCUGUUCACCCCUAAAGCCUGGACGUAUGGACAGGACAACCGUACGCUCCUCGCUUUAAAGAAUCUCGUCCCUCACUGUCUCCCCCUGUCCUGUUUGGAUGCUGCUGCAGAGUGUGGGAAGGUUUGACAUCCACCUGAAGGAUACGAGUGCCUCCAGUUUCUUAUGUAACAGGUGACUUCACAGGCUGCCAUAGUUUUUUAAGGCUCUAGAUCCUGUGUGGUUAAAUGUGGCCUAAAUA